AUGGGUAAAGUUCACGGAUCACUUGCUCGUGCUGGUAAAGUCAAAUCUCAAACACCUAAAGUCGAAAAGCAGGAAAAGAAAAAGAAAAAAGCCGGACGAGCCAAGAAACGUAUCUUGUAUAAUCGUCGGUUUGUUAAUGUAACUAGCAUAGGAAAACGAAGGAUGAACCCUGCUCCAACAUCCGAUAGACCUUAA